GGCUCACCAGGCUCCUGUUAUCUCUAGAAUCAGACAAACAUGUCGGCAUCACUAGCACCGGAGUGCAACGAGGUCAAAGAGCGGUAUGACAGCUGUUUCCUGAAAUGGUACAGCGAAAAGUUUCUGAGAGGGACCGCGAGGUCCGAUGAGUGCGAUCCGCUGUUCAAACAGUACGAACAGUGCCUAUCCAAAGCCCUAAAAGCCAAAGGCAUCGAUAAUAUGCUCAAGGAAGCACGCGAAGACAACCGGGAGAACGAUGCUGAGCAUAUGCGACCUAAACGAUAACUCCGUCCCAUGUACUACAUUCGAAAGGUGUCACUUUCUUCGUCUCCUUCAUCCGUGCAUUUUCGUGCAUAGCAUAAGCGUUCACUAUCGCGGGUAUGGAGACCCGUAUCCGCAUCAGCAUCUGCAUCAUCAGCAAUUUUGUACUCUAUUCAGCUGUAUUAUACGAUCCAUGUCUCCACAUAUGCCCGCGCGCCCCUUUUCGCCGGCGUCGGUUAUGUUUUAGCUUGUCUGGAAUGGAAGUUUAGACCCCCUAGUCCAGGGAUUAUG